AUGGGGACAGGGGACCGACUGCUUGACAUACCGUGCAAUGUUUGUGGGGACAGAAGCUCCGGGAAACAUUACGGGAUAUACAGUUGCGAUGGUUGUUCGGGUUUCUUCAAACGUUCAAUCCAUCGUAACCGCGUGUACACUUGCAAGGCUGGUGGGGAGAUGAAGGGCCGCUGUCCUGUCGACAAGACCCACAGGAAUCAAUGCCGCGCCUGCAGGCUCGCCAAGUGCUUCCAGGCGAACAUGAACAAAGACGCGGUUCAACACGAGCGAGGACCGCGGAAGCCAAAACUGCAUGGGAGCUCACUCAGCUCGCUCCAGCCUCCUCAACUAUCACACACACACAAACCACAUCCUCUGAAACUGUCGCCGCCGUCACCUUACACUCCUCUGCCACAGCCGUUCAGUUUCCAGAUGAUAGUGGUAUUUUUUAUAUAGUUUAGCAUCAGCGGCAUCAGCGAGUCGGCCCCACUGAGCACGGCGUCAUCGCGGUCAGCUGGCUCGAGCGGUGCUGGGGCGGGCGCGGUCAGUCCGCUGCCGUUCAUUACCGAGUCCUUCCUCGCGCCGCCGCCUCCUGGCCUACUCCACAUACUCAUGUCAAGUGAUAAAUGCCAGGAACUGAUGUGGAGCGCGAAACAGCUGCAGCUUCAAGGAGACCCCACCCUGCUGCGUCCACCACACAAUGCCUUCGGAGCGCCGUUGGCACCGACAUGGGAGCUACUGCAAGAGACGAGUGCACGGCUUCUCUUCAUGGCAGUUCGAUGGGUUCGUUGUCUCGCGCCCUUUCAAGCGCUGUCCUCUACAGAUCAACUUGUGUUACUCCGGGCUGCAUGGAAGGACCUAUUCUUGCUGCACCUUGCUCAGUGGUCUGCGCCGUGGGACCUGGGGCCGCUGCUGUCCGCGCCGACUGUCAGAGCAAGGCUACCAACGGAACCAUUGGCUGACUUAGAAUUGAAUACAUUACAGGAAAUAUUAUGCCGUUUUCGGCAAAUCGCUCCAGACGGCAGUGAGUGCGGGUGUAUGAAAGCCAUUGUUCUGUUUUCACCAGAUACACCUGGACUAAGUGAAACACAGCCAGUAGAAAUGUUGCAGGACCAAGCUCAAUGCAUUCUAGCAGACUAUGUGCGGACUAGAUAUACACGUCAACCGACGCGAUUUGGUCGUCUCCUUCUCCUGUUGCCUUCGCUCCGCGCUGUGCGGCCCCGGUCUAUCGAACAGCUACUGUUCCGAGACACAGUGGGAGAUGUCUCCGUGGCCACUCUCCUACACGACAUGUACAGGAUGCAACCAGCACCGACUCCUGUGUUCCAACAUUCUCUAUCGGCCUCCACGGAACACUGCGCCUCUCCAUAA